AUGGAAGCAAAAUUUCUCCACUUUCUCUCUCUAACCUCCUCCAUUUUCAUACUCUCUGCGGCCUUCACGCCCCAAGACAACUACCUCAUCAGCUGCGGAUCGAACGCCGACUCAAUCACGGUCGAUAACAGACGCUUUGUCGGGGACGCGUCAAGAACUGGGUCGACUCACCUAUCAGAAGGUAAAAAAUCUCGCUCUCUAUCCAACCCGAGAUUUUCAGAAAACCCAUCUCCCAAUUACCCUGCAAUUUACAGUUCGGCUAGGAUUUUCACCGGGCCCUUUACCUAUAAGUUCACAAUCAACAACAUAGGGACACAUUUACUGCGCCUGCAUUUUUCCCCCUUUGUUUCUGAAGAUUAUGACCUCAAAGCUGCGAAAUUUAGUGUCUUGGCAAAUGGGUUUUCCCUGUUGAGCGGUUUUAGCUCGAACUCCACUGUUCUCAAGGAGUUUUUCUUAAUGGUGGAAAGGGACGAGCUCGAACUUAUGUUCUCGCCCGUUGGCUAUUCUGAUUUCGCUUACAUUAACGCGAUUGAGGUCUUUUCAGCGCCGAAAGAUUUCUUCAUAGAUUCAGGCGGCAUAGCUUUGAUAAACCCUGAUGGGGUUCAAGAAUUCAAGCAGAAUAUUACAGAACAGGUUUUCGAAACCAUUCAUAGGAUUAACGUUGGGGGUUCGAAGAUAACCCCUUUUAACGACACCCUGUGGAGGACUUGGGUCCCGGACGAUGAUUUUCUCGUCCUGAAAUCCGCGGCCCGGAUUGCUAAAACGACUGACCCGCCCAAUUAUCAGGAAGGUGGGGCGACCAGGGAGAAUGCACCCGAUAAUGUGUACAUGACAGCUCAGCAGAUGAAUGUGGUGAAUAGGAGCUUGAUUUUCGAGUUCAAUGUUAGUUGGGAUUUCCCGGUGAGCGAAGAUGACGAAUUGCAUUUCGUGCGUUUGCAUUUCUGUGACAUUGUUAGCGUCGCUUUAAACACUUUGUAUUUCGACGUGUUUAUAAAUGACGUAACCGCAUAUAAGGAUUUAGAUCUAUCGGUCCUCGCCUUCCAUCGGCUUGCUUCUCCUUAUUACAUGGAUUAUGUUGUGAGGAAAGCGAAGAAAUCGAGCCUCGUACGGAUUACCGUGGGCCCUUCGCAUCUAAGCACAACCCUCGCGAAGAACGCGAUCCUCAACGGUGUCGAAAUCAUGAGGAUGGUGAAUUUUGUGCCGUUUAGGCAAACUAAAUCCGAGUCGAGGAGGAGCAAAUGGAUUUUGGUUGGUUCGAUUGUUGGAGGAGCACUCGCGCUCGCGCUAAUUAUAAUACUUUCGGCAACUCUAGUCGUUCUUGUGCUCAAAUGGAAAGGAAAAACGAGCCCGAAAUCCAAACGGACUGAGAGCGGAGGUUGGACCUCCGUCCGGGCCCACAACGCCAGCUCGCGAGGUGGCCCGCCUUCCGAGGGGACCAUGCUCGCCUCACCCGGCCCGUACGGAUACUACGGGCUCAAAAUCCCGUUCACCGACCUCCAAACGGGCACGAACAACUUCGACCCGAGCCUCGUGAUCGGGUCGGGCGGAUUCGGGCUCGUCUACAAGGCGAUAAUCGGCGAGAAGAAUGUAAAAGUCGCCGUCAAACGGGGCGUGCCCGGGUCGAGACAGGGCCUACCCGAGUUCCAAACCGAAAUUACCGUUUUGUCCAAGAUCCGACACCACCACCUCGUCUCGCUAGUCGGCUACUGCGAAGAGCAAUCGGAGAUGAUACUCGUUUACGAGUACAUGGAGCGGGGAGCGCUCAAGCACCACCUGUACGGCGACUCGGAUUUCACUCCGCUUUCUUGGAAGCAAAGGCUCGAGAUUUGCAUAGGGGCCGCUCGGGGGGUACACUAUCUCCACACGGGGUCCGCGCAUGGGAUAAUCCACCGGGACAUAAAGUCGGCGAACAUCUUGCUCGACGAGAACUACGUGGCCAAGGUUGCCGAUUUCGGGCUUUCGAAAUCCGGGCCGUGCAUGGACGAGACGCACGUGAGCACCGGCGUGAAGGGUAGUUUCGGGUAUUUGGACCCGGAAUAUUUUCGGAGGAGGCAGCUGACAGAUAAAUCGGACGUUUACUCGUUCGGGGUGGUGUUGUUUGAGGUUUUGUGUGCUAGGCCCGCGGUCGACUCGUUGAGGGCCCGGGAGCAGGUGAAUUUGGGUGAAUGGGCCCUUGAGUGGCAGAGGAAAGGGAUGGUGGAGCAGAUAGUGGACCGAAGUAUAACGGGCCAGGUGAGGCCCGGUUCGUUGAAGAUAUUCGUAGAGACGGCCGAGAAGUGUCUGGCUGAGUAUGGGGUGGACAGACCGAGUAUGGGGGAUGUGUUGUGGAAUCUUGAGCAUGCGUAUCGGGUUCAGAUGGGCCAGGGGGAUUGUGAUUCGAACGGUCCUGUUGUAUUUGAAAAUGGGCCAACGGGCCGGGCCCGGGAAGAAGAGGAAGGUGAGGAGGUCGGUUCGGAUAUAUCGACGAGCCGGGUUUUCUCACAGUUGUUGAAUAAUGAGGGGAGAUGA